AUGAAGCGACCAUCGCUUAGCAUGCGGAACCUCAGGUCUUUUGCAUCGGCUUCCGAGACCAUGGAUGAGGGACAGCCACCACCCGAAGGCGUGGUUGCCCCUCACACAGAAGCUCCACUCAAACGCCGACGAGCUGACUCGGAAAGUACAGCGUCGAUCGAGUCCAAUCGCUCUGUCCGCACUUUGGCCUCCGAUGAUCUGGAGUAUAUCCAUGAAAAUGGACGAACGUACAGCAAUGAGACGUACUAUCUACCAUGCGUAUACAAGCCACAUAACGAUUUUGUAGAGCAAGAUCGUCUAUCUUUACAACACGAAGUCUUUGUUCGAGCACUUCAUGGCAAGCUUACCACUGCGCGAUUGUUGCCCACCACGCGAAGGAUACUCGAUUUGGGUACAGGACCGGGUCAUUGGGCUGUUGCCAUGGCGCGUCAAUACCCGCAUGCGGAAGUCGUUGGAAUUGAUAUGACUGAAUGGGAUAUCGAUACUACCGAGGCCACGUUAGGCGAUGCUAGGGUGACGUGGGAACUCGACGAUCUUGACGUCUGGGGAAAAGAGAUGGAUGUUGACGAGCUAAUCAAUCAGCUCUCUACUCUGGACUUGGCUACCGAGAUGGCACAUCGGAAUCCUGUAGAGUCGCUCAGGAAACCGAAAUCAACGGCUGACCUCAAUCAUCGCGGGGGUGGAGUACUCCAGAGGAGUCUCUGA